UUCAUCAAAUCUAUUUUUAGGGUUAUUGCUUUCUUUCACUGAAACGCCGCCGCCGACGGAGAGAGAAGAAAACGAAAAAUGAAGACUAUUCUCUCAUCGGAAACAAUGGACAUCCCAGACGGGAUAACAAUCAAAGUGAAAGCAAAGCUAAUUGAAAUCGAAGGGCCAAGAGGAAAGCUUACCAGAAACUUUAAGCAUCUAAAUCUCGAUUUUCAGCUCAUUAAGGAUGAAGAAACUGGGAAGAAGAAGCUCAAAAUUGAUGCUUGGUUUAGUUCUCGUAAAGCUACUGCUGCUAUUCGUACAGCACUUAGUCAUGUGGAGAAUCUGAUCACUGGUGUUACUAAGGGGUACCGGUACAAGAUGCGUUUUGUCUAUGCUCAUUUUCCUAUCAAUGCUUCCAUUACCGGCGGGAAUAAGUCCAUUGAGAUCCGUAACUUUCUCGGCGAGAAAAAGGUGAGGAAAGUUGAUAUGCUUGACGGUGUCACUGUUGUCCGUUCAGAGAAAGUUAAGGAUGAGUUGGUUUUGGAUGGAAAUGACAUUGAACUUGUCUCACGAUCAGCUGCCCUGAUAAACCAAAAAUGCCAUGUGAAGAACAAAGAUAUCCGUAAGUUCCUUGAUGGUAUCUACGUCAGCGAGAAGGGAAGAAUUGCUGAGGAAGAGCAAUAGAUUUCUCUUGAUCUGUUUGUUCCCCAUAUUUUUGUUUUAAGCGCCGAGAUUAUAUUAAGAAUCCUUGCAAUUUGAGUUUAGAUUAAACAAUUUUGAAUUUAAGAUAUUCUUGCUUGAAGUUUCUUUCUAGAGCAAGCAGUUGUUUGUUCUUGAAGUAGGGCAUAUGAAAUGUUUUUCUUGAAAAGCAAUUUGGUUAUAGUAAUUCUCAAUGCUGUGACUUUCUAAGAUGAUAUUAGCAACUUUUCUAUAUGAAGAGUUUGUUUAA